AUGUAUAACGCUAUAUCAUUAAUUAUAAUACUACCUUGUAUAAGUUGAUUAUUCCCAUUAUUCUUUGGAAGACAAUUAGGGUAUGUAUUUGUAACAAGAAUGACAAGUACAUUAAUAAUAAUUACAACUUUAAUUACAUAUUAUUAUUUUUAUCAAUUAUUAGGUAAUAAUAAUCCAAUAAAUUUAGAAUUAUUUAAUUAUUUAAAUAUAGACUAUUUAGAUAUUAACUAUAAUUUUGAAAUUGAUGCUUUAACUAUUACUAUGUUAUUAGCUAUUACUACAAUUAGUAGUAUGGUUCAUAUAUAUUCUAUAGGUUAUAUGGAAACAGAUCCUCAUCAAGUAAGAUUUUUCUCAUUAUUAAGUAUGUUCACUUUCUGAAUGAUAAUCUUAGUUACAGGUUCAAAUUACUUUGUUUUAUUUGUAGGUUGAGAAUUUAUAGGUGUAACUAGUUAUUUAUUAAUUAGUUUCUGAGUUACUAGAUUACAAGCUAUGAAAUCAGCAUUAUCUGCAGUAUUAAUGAAUAGAUUUGGUGAUGCAUUCUUCGUAUUAGGAUUAUGUGUUAUAGCUUAUGUAUUUGGAACAUUAAAUUAUUCAACUAUAUUUGCAACUGCUUAUUUAAUAAAUACAGAUUUAUUAGUUUUAAUCAUGUUAGCUUUAUUUAUAGCAGCUAUGGCUAAAAGUGCUCAAUUUGGUUUACAUAAUUGAUUGACAUUAGCUAUGGAGGGUUGGAAUAAUAGGGCCCUCUUAAAAUUUCACUAUAUACGAGAAUAUCCCCAACUAGUUUUAAUCAUUAUAAAUGGCUUAAGACUUAUAAAAUUAUUAUGGUCCACUCAUUUAAAAUUAGUGUUCGGAAUAAUUCAUAAUAUGGGACAAUUCGUAGGCAACUGUACUUAUUUAUUAAAAUUUACAAAUACUAAUUUAAUAAAAAAUAUAGGAGCUUCAGAGACUACAUGUGAAACAUUAUUAACUAAUAACUUAACAAAUAAUAUAAUAGAUGAUAAAUUUAAACAUUGAUUAAUAGGUUUCACCGAAGGUGAUGGUUCCUUUAUAGUAUCUAAUAGAGGUUAUUGUGAAUUUAAAUUAACACAAUCAAGUAUAGACUCUCAAGUAUUAUAUAAAAUAAAAAAUGAAUUAGGUUUAGGUCAUGUUGCAGUUCAAGAUAAAAACAAUUCAACUCAUCAUUUAAGAAUUAGAGAUAAAGUAGGUAAUAAAAAAAUUAUAGAUAUAUUUAAUGGAAAUUUACAUACAGAAGCCAAAAUUAAACAAUUUAAAUACUUUUUAAAUUGUUAUAAUAAAGCAUAUGGAAUUAAUAUUGAAUAUAUUGAAAAUAAUAAACCUGUUACUUUAAAUAACGGUUGAUUAUCUGGUUUUACAGAUGCUGAAGGUUGUUUUAAUGCAUAUAUUUCUAAAGAAAACCUUAAUAAAAAGAAUAGAAGUGUCCAAAUUAGAUAUAUUUUAUCUCAAAAAGGUGAUAAAAUAUUAAUGGAUAACAUAGCAAAUUUAUUAGGUGGAAGUGUAUCACAUUUAAAAGCAUAUAAUGGUUAUAAUAUGACUGUAAAUUUAACUAAACUUAAACCUAUAAUUGAAUAUUUUAAUGAGUAUACUUUAUUAACUAAAAAAACUAUUAGUUAUAAUAUAUGAUUAAAAAUGUAUUAUAUAACUAUAAAUAAAGAACAUAUUACAAGUAGUACUACAGAUGGUACUAUAGAUUUAAAUAAAUUAUUAGCUUUAAAAGAAGAAUUAACUAAAGCUAAUAAAAUAAAAUAA